ACAUAGCGGUUGUCACGGAUCAGGUCCCCGAUGGAGUAGAGCGUCUAUUCUGAUUCCUAAUCGAGUCAGUCCUUUCCCUUUUAACUUCCAUAAACAGUUAAAUAGUUUGUCAGCCGUGCUUCUUUCUCGGAAAACUUCCUUCCCAUCUCCCAAUCACAAGACAAUGCUAAACAAUAAGUUUUGAUCUUCUACAAACAAGAAAAAACCAACAUCAACAGUCGCCAAUUGUUCACCAUGAUUCGGUUUCAAGCAUCGAGUUUACUGUUAAGUUUCCUAAUUUUUCUUGUGCAACCAAGUCACCAAUUUGACAUUAGCCUAGGAGAUGUUACAGAAAUAGUAAAAUUUACUAAAGAAACUGUGACUGACGCUCUAGAAUCAUGGGAAUUGAUCCGACCAAAACAACCCAAUGUAAAUGGGGAAUCUGAUUUUCCCUUUGUGAAAAGAAUGGAGAAACGGCUGAUGGAUCGCAUAAACUUGGUCUCAAAAAAGUUAGAUUCUAUUGAAGGAAGAAUGGAGGAACGUACAGAAACGAUGGUAUCCAAAAUUCUUCGUGAAAUUCCAGAACGAGAAAGGCUUGAAAAAGCAAUGCAUUUUCUCUACAAGUCCAUCGGUCAAGUUGAAAGCUUGUACCAAAGCUUUUUACAGUAUGCCAGGUCCCCUAAUAAAUACGAGAGCUACACGAUGAAGGAUUUUGCAAAGACGGCUGUGUCUCAUAGGCUGGGCGAUUUGAGGGAUGUUUUGGAAUCCAUCUAUAGACAAGUUGUACCUCAGGAAUUCGAUCUAUUUGAACAGAGUAUUAUACAGAUGCUGGCUAACAGAAUGAAGGAAGCUUCCUCACAAAUAUGCAACCUAAAUCAGUCCCCACAGCAACUUUUGUAUAAUCUCUACAAUACGAUUGCCCUCACUGAGAUUAAAGGCUACACAAUGAUGCAGUUUUCUUUAACUCUGCUGAAACUCUAUGAAAAUGGUUCAUUCACUGAAGAAAUGGAGCAACUAAAGCGAGAGUACGCAGUCAGAACAUCUGAAACCCUUCGAGCAGUAAAAACAGCAAUGGCCUUUGCACCCAGAGAUCUUUGGAAAUGCGACCCAGCAGUUUAUAAAUCAGAGGAAACGUACACGGAACUGAAGCAACUCUUCCAAGGUUAUAUUGUAAAUGAAGUAGAUCUCAACGACGCAAAAACAUGUAAAGAAAACUGUGGUUAUUACACUUUUGCGAAACAGGAAGGUUGUUACCAAAAUCAGUUUUGCUCCCAGCAAAAAAGGUGCAACGGAAAAAUUCGCAAUUGUCAGUAUGUUGACUCCGACAUGUGGAUCUGCCCAUCGAUAAAGAACAGUUCUCGAAGAUACGAGUACAUCGAAUAUGAAAAUGGACAGAUGUUUGGCCGUAAGAACAGCUGUCCUGCAGGAACAACAAAGGUUGACAGUUGGUGGCGUUGGCUUUUCUGGCACUGCAGUUAUUGCUUCUGUUACUGUGACGAUCACAACACCAACUCUGAUCGUUACUUCAACCUGAGAAAUGUCCUUUCUGAUAUCGGAAGCAACAAGGUCGUGAUUGGAGUCAGACUGAAAAAAGUAAACAAGAUCAUUCACAUACAAAUCAAGGAGGGAAAACUUCUUCCUCAUGGAACAAUCGACCCAGAAAGUAUUUCCUGGAAACCCAUUGAAGAUUACACAAUAUUGGAUCGAAAUGUCAAAGAUGGAACUGACUAUCAUACCAUCACCUGGGAUAAAAGAGCAGUGGAUUUGGAUGAUUUAGUUCCUCCACCCGAUCAUUUACUAACUGGUCUGCGGUUCAAACUGCUCGGUGUUCAUUUAAACCUCGAAAUUCACGCAACACCUUUCAACUUUACAGCCGGAACUUUGAUGAAAGAAAAAAGUCAGUGGUACGCAAAUGAUAACACUGAUGCAAACGAAGGAUUCAACGAACACAUCCCAGUGGUUGAAAAGAGGACUGAACUGAUGUUGGAGAAGCCAGAUAUUCCGUCUCGUUUGCAAUCGAGAGCAGUUCCAGAUUCUAGGUCCAAUCAGUAUCUCCACUUUGCACCUACUGACCUUGAGAAAGACGCUGGACAAAGCACUAUUCCAUUUCUUGAUAUUCAAUCUAUAGAGCCAAAACCACCUGUUCCAAUAGCAGGAGCAGGAAUUUUCCACAAAGGCCAAAAAGGAUCGGGAGGGUUCGUUGCUCUAAAAUUGAUAACGUACAAUUUUUCACGACAUUUGCAAGUCGAUUUGUCACCUCCGAAACCGGUGAUCGGAUUAAGUAACGAGAUUACCAGCUCGUAAUUCGUAUUGUCUUGAUCACGAGAACCAGCAAUGAUCGUUCAGGUGCUAUAAUCGUUUAACACCAGCACGCAGAGAAAAAAAUGUACUUUAAAAAAAUACAAUCUAAUAAUGUAAUAAGGAUUGAGACUACGAUUGUCCAUAAUCGCUGGACACAUAAAUUCGUUUCUUAAUCUUACAACUUUCUCUUCUCUAACGUGUGCUUCGAAGAAAUAAAAAGUAUUAUUAUCUAAGCCACUGUAUUCGAUUCUAUAUAUUAGAUGAAUUAAAAAUAAAUGUAUUUUCAUCAAAUAUCAAGAUUUCCCGAUUUAAAAUGAGAAUUUCGUAAAAGGGUUGCGUCUUUUAUGUAUUCGAUGAUAUUGUUUCUUUAAAAAAAAGUCAUUGCGAUUAUGUAGUUAGAUUUCGAUUUCUAUAAACGCCAUUGUAAUACUCGAGUAUUUGUAAAAAGGGGAAGAACUAAAAACUCGCUUUCUGCGACCUACGGGCAAUAAUAGAAUAUAAUUUGCUGUAAUUGAAACCAAAAAUAUCAUAGAGUUUAGUAUUGUCGAGCCUACUGGUAAUUCUGACUUGAGAGAAAUUCUGUGAUUUUAUCUUAACCAGCAAUGUUUGUAUCUAGUGCUAAACUUGCGAUAUGUAUGCUAACUUUUGUAAUGGAUGUGAUGAGGCGAAAGUUUCAUUAAAGUCCGUAAAAACAUGAA